AGAAAGAAAAGUUGCAGUUACGCGUGCCAUCACCGUCUGUUUUCUCGCCAACACACUGAGCUUCACUAUCAGAAAUCACAAAUGUGAUCACUCAGUUGAGCUUCACGGCCCAUCUCUAUGGCUGCCGCCGGCGGAUCCUCCAAAUCUACUGCCCAGAAAGCUCCUAUAAGCCCCAAAUCCGCCCCAAAAUGCAAACCCGGAAGACCAAGAAAUCAAAACAAGCACUUGACCAAACAACUCAUUUCUCUGCUCUCCUCAGCUACCUCCGCCGCCCACUCUUUCCUCACCCAAAAUGACCUCCUCCUACUUCCCUCCCAAUCUCUCUCCCUCGAAUACUUCCUCUCUUCUAUCCCUUUUUCUCCCUCUCCUUCCCUUUCUCCUCCUUCUCAGUCCUUCUUCUAUCGCCUCCUUUCCUCCGCGUCGGACUUCGACCCUCGCUGGUGUCAAAUUUUUCGCAUGUCCAAGCAAACCUUUACAAGUCUUCUUUCUCUUCUCUCACCUUCCCUUCUCUCUUUCCUUCCCUCCUCCAUUCCUCCCGAUUCUGCCAUUGCAGCCACCCUCUUCCGGCUCGCCCACGGCGCGUCUUACGAAUCAGUAGCGCCUAGAUUUGGACUUGAUUCACCUGCCGCCGCGUGCCUUGCGUUUUACUCUGUUUGUAAAACAGUGAACGAGAAAUUGGGGGACUUGGUGGACUUUGGGAGGGAUUUGGAGCGCAUAGUGAUGGGAUUUGAAUGGAUUUCUCUCCCUAAUUGUUGUGGGGUUUUGGGGUUUGGGAAAUUUGGGGUUGAAAGUGAGCUGCUGGGGAAAAAUGGGUCCUUGUUAGUUCAGGCGUUGGUGGAUUCUGAGGGCAGGUUCUUGGACAUCUCUGCUGGGUGGCCUUGCACAAUGAAGCCGGAAUCCAUCUUCACCCAAACAAAGCUCUAUUCUCGUGUGGAAGGAUCAAGGGAGUUGCUAAACGGGGCUUGUUAUCAGCUUAGUGAAAGCAAUUCAAUUCCCCAAUACAUAUUGGGGGAUUCAUGUUUCCCAUUGUUGCCGUGGCUAUUAACUCCUUUUAUUAGGCCCAAUGAGGAAGAUAGUUUCGGUUCAGCAGAAAGGGAGUUCAAUGCUGCACAUAGCAGAGCAAUGGGGUUGGUUGGCAAUGCGUUUGGGAGAGUUAAAGCUCGGUGGCAGCUGUUGGCGAGGAGGUGGAAAGAGGAUUGCGUUGAAAUUUUCCCAUUCGUGAUUGUGAUGGGUUGUUUGCUGCAUAAUUUUCUAAUUAAGUAUAGUGAGCCAUUGCCAGAGGAGAGCGUAGGACGCAUUCUACGGGAGGAGGAACUGCCAGUUUUCGAAGGAGAGGCAGAUGAGAAAGGGGAGAGGACCAGGUAUGCGCUUGCCAAGCACUUGAGUUGGGUAAGCAUGAGACGGUAAAUAAUGCUAGUAACUACGCUGGUCUUAGCGGUAGUAGUAUAGGUAGUUUGCUUUGCUUUCUUUUCUGUAAAUAAAAGGCAGCUGUUGGCUUCUUGCUGGAAUUAGAAAUUUGAUGUUGUAGGAACAAUUAUCUGUGAUUCUGGAUUGUGCCUUGUUUACAUUUUCACUUAGGAAAGUUACCCAACUACGGGUGGUGGUAAAAAUGUCAGGGAGUUUUACCA